UCCUGCUCCCGCUAUCGAGGUCUCUGUCAAAUAAAUAAACAAAAUCUUAAAAAAAAAUGUGAGUUUACUAAUCCCCAUGAUUUUCUUAGUGAAAUAGGAAGCAAAGUCAUUAGACAAGAGUAAGGAUGGAGAAGAAAGUGAUGGAGGUUUGAUGAGAAGGAAAUAUGACAUAAUUCUUUAGGAUGAUGGGUGGGGCCCAGUUGAGCAGGCUGUGGAGAGCUCCGUUUCUCCUUGAGAGAUUAGUCCCUCCGGGCGCUCGGUAGUCUGCGUCCGUUUCCUUGGAGACGGAGACGAGGGACGGGUCUCGCUGGGAAGUUUCAGUGGCCUAGGUUACCACGCGGUCCACGCUGAGGCAAGAAAGUCGGAGAAGCCGAAUAAUAAGUAUAGCAAGAGAGCAGGCCUCCACGGACUCAUUACUCGUCUUCCAUUUUCCCCCAAUGGCGCGCGUCUUUCCGAAUCCCAAGGGUGGGGAAUGAUGGAAGUUCUUUCCCGUCCCAACUCUUUCCAGACCCAACCGCUCUGGGAUUCGCUCCACAGUCCACAACUUCCAGAAUCCGGAUUAUGUUCCAUGGCAGCGGUCCAAGCAGAAAACCAAGUCACCUACUCUGCCUCCCAUCCUACAAACCAGAGGCCACCAGAAGAGCAAAACGAAGACUUUGACUAGCGUCCUGCCAGGGUUGCAUUCCAAGCCCACCAUGUUGAUGACAAGCCAGCUGAGGAAUCCACAAGAAAAGCACAGAGGGAGGUUGGACUCUGGGAAGAUACAGGCCAAAAUCCGGCUAUUGAGGACGUUGCUCAGGAACCGGCGAACCACACUCCAGGAGCUCUCCAACCAUGAGGUCUUCCUCACCAAGCUCAACUGGGAGCUGAUCAAGGCCAUCCAGGACAUGGAAGACAGCUCGGCCCUGAAAGUGCGCACGAUGCUGUAUCGGCAGGACAUCCUUGAGACUGUCAUGGAUUUCUUGGAGUACUCGAACAAGAAGAAGCUGCAGAAGCUCAAGUGUGAACUUAAGGAGUGGGAGGAGAGGGAGGAGGCCAAGACGCAGUCCCUGGCGCGGCAGGUGGAACAGCUGAAUGCCGAGAUUGAGAAGACCUACAAGGAAGUGAGCUUCCUGAGCACGUACAUGGACCACGAGUAUCCUGUCAGGUCGGUCCAGAUUGCCAACCUUGUGCACCAGUUGCAGCAGAUAAAGGACAGCCAGCAGGAUGAGCUGGAUGACCUUAGUGAGAUGCGCAGAAUGGUCCUGCAGUCGUUGUCUAAUCAGAUUCAGAAGAAGAAGAAAAAGCUUCUGAAAGCUCUGGUGGUGGCACUGCUGCCCGGGAAGAGGCACCUGGGGGCCAGAACUCUUCUCCGUCCGCAGAAAAGCCAGCAACCCCAUCAGGAGGCUCUUCUGCAGAAGACCCAGGACAGCCAGGACAUGCUGAAGUGCAUGGACAAGUUCAGAGAAUUUAUCAACCAGUUGGAGGAGGAAAUACCCAUAUUGAAGGCAGAGGUGGAGCAGCUCCAGGUCCAGGUCCAGGAGCCCCGAGAGAUCAUAUUUGCGGACGUUCUGCUUCGGAGACCCAAGUGCACCCCAGACAUGGAUGUCAUCCUCAACAUCCCGGUGGAAGAGCUGCUACCCUUCUAGAUGUUGGGGUCAGGGGCCAGUCUUCUCUCCCUGCUCUUUACCCCAUACCUGGAGCCUUGAAUUGUCUUCUUCCAUGACCGCGUGCCCACUCGGAGCCUGGUCUGCUCUCCCUCCCUCCCUCCCUCCUUUUCCUCGCUCCCUCCCUCCACCCUUCCUCUCUUCUUUCUGGUUGGUGCUGCUGCUUGGGCCAGGUGGGCAUUCCCAGUCAAGUCUGCCAUUCCUUUUGACCAAUAAAGCUGGAUUUGCAUUUGCUCUUUUACUUGGAGAUUUCCAGCUAGGCCUUGAGAAGAAUGGACUUUGUCUUAAGAUAAGGGGUGGGUAGGGUGCCUGGGUGUCUCAGUCGGUUGAGCGUCUGCCUUCGGCUCAGGUCAUGAUCCCGGGGUCCUGGGAUCGAGUUUCACAUCAGGCUCCUUGCUCUGCGGGGAGCCUACUUCUCCCUCU